AAAGCCACGAUCACCUUCAUCGAUGAGAGAGCCCGUCAAAGCCGCGCGGAACCCGAGCAUGUGGCCGCGGGCGCACGGAGUUCAGGUCCGGGACUAGUUCUCAGUCUUUAGCCGGUGGCUAGCGCCAGAGCUAACUCCAGCUAGCCUGCUAGCCGCGCGUCUCCAGCGGAUGAUUGACGGCUGAUUGACAGCUGCCUGUCCCGAGCCAUGGGGAUCAAUAGAGCCACCGUGGCGGUCGGGUUCAUAGUGUCCGGGGUCCUCAUGGUGUUCUUCGGGACUGUCCUCACCUUUGUGGGGCCGAUCAUCAUCGACGACCAGGUGGUGAAGAACACGGUGAUCGACCCGAAGAACGAGAUGUCCUACACCAUGUGGAAGGACGUCCCGGUGCCCUUCUUCAUGUCCGUCUACUUCUUCAACGUCCUCAACCCCAAGGAGGUGCUGGCUGGAGAGAAGCCCAUGGUGGAGCAGAGGGGCCCCUUCGUCUACAGGAAACAGAUCCAGAAGGACAACAUCACGUUCCACGCCAACGGGACGGUGUCCUACCGCGAGUACCGCCGCUUCUUCUUCGAGCCGUCCAUGUCCUCGGGGGACGAGUCCCAGGUCGUCACCAUCCCCAACAUGUUGGUGCUGGGCGCGGCCGUCAUGAUGGAGAACGCCCCCUUCCCUCUGCGACUGAUGAUCAGCGCCACCUUCAAGACCUUCAAGGAGGGGCCCUUCCUCACCAAGACGGUGGGGGAGCUCAUGUGGGGCUACGACAGCGGCCUCGUGGACUUCCUCAACAAGUACCUGCCCGGCAUGCUGCCCUCCACCGGCAAGUUCGGCCUCUUUGCCGAGUUUAACAACUCAAACACCGGCCUGUUCACCAUCCACACGGGGAAGGACGACAUCAGGAAGGUCCACAAAGUGGACUCGUGGAACGGCCUGACCAAGCUGAGCAACUGGAACUCUCCUCAGUGCAACAUGAUCAAUGGAACAGCUGGACAGAUGUGGCCUCCCUUCAUGACCAGAGAGAGCACGCUGCCCUUCUACAGCCCCGACGCAUGCAGAUCCCUGGAGCUGGUCUACCAGCGGGACGGCGUGAUGGAGGGAAUCCCUCUGUACCGCUACGUGGCUCCAAAGACCCUGUUCGCCAACGGGUCGGAGUACCCCCCCAACGAGGGCUUCUGCCCCUGCAGGCAGUCGGGUCUGCUGAACGUCAGCAGCUGCCGACACGACUCCCCGGUCUUCCUCUCUCAUCCUCACUUCUUCAACGCCGACCCGGUGCUGCUGGACUCUGUGCAAGGCCUCCGACCCACGGAGGACGAGCACGGCCUCUUCAUCGACAUCCACCCGCUGACCGGCGUCCCCCUCAACGUGUCCAUCCGCCUGCAGCUCAACCUCUACAUGAAGAAGGUGUCGGCCAUUACAGAAACUGGCAAGAUCUCCGAGGUGGUGAUGCCAAUGAUCUGGUUUGAGGAGAGCGGCUACAUCGACGGGCCCAUCCUCUCCACCUUCCACACCAACCUGGUGGUGCUCCCCACCGUGAUGGAGGCCAUGCAGUACGGCUUCAUCGCCCUCGGCCUCGCCACCAUCCUCAUCGCCUCGCUGGUGCACCACAGGGAGAAGAGGGCUCGUUCACAUGUGACCAUGACGUUCUCAGGAAAAGACAACCCCGUCUCCAAUAAAGAGCGAGCAGAAGGCUCACGACCCCCAACGGAGGAGAAAUGUGUCAUUAAUAAAUAAGGACAAACCAUGAACGUCUUCAUCAACGGCACCUUUUAUUUUUUGUUUUAGUACCAAAAUGUUAAUUUUGUGACGUGUGGUAUAAUAGAAGAAUGAAUCGGAUCUUUUCUCCAGCUUUGAUGUAUUAGAGCUUUUUUAUUGGUUUCUAUUCUUUAAUCUCAUUAUUACAUAUUAUAAAUGAGGUUGAAAUUAAAAGUGUGAGAACGUGAAUGUUUAAAGAUGUGAAGAUUAUCCAGAUGACAUUUUGUUAUUAUAUAAAAACACCUGCAGGAAUCCUAUUGGCUGUUAGGGUUACCCUAACCCUGGCGGGAACCAGUUUUUUUUUACUCUGCUCUUCACAAAGACUCUUCUCCAUGAGGCGUCAAAUAUUUGUCUUUUAACCCAAAUAUGUCUUUACAUCUAAAUGUGUCCUUUGAUCUUCUGGCCACGCCCCCUAACGCUAAGGCAACAGGAAGUGGACCCGUCCUACAGAGACAAGAGGGAACCUUUGCUGGAAGAUGACACACACACACACACACACGGCGGUGUUGCAGCGUCUUGGACUGAAACACGGAUGCUGAUGUUUUGGAGAAACUACAUAUUUGGUGGAGGUAAAAACGAAUGUGUCUGCACCAACAAGGGGAGCAACAGGCUGAACUUCACCACCGAUGUGCCUUCAUGAAGGUCUGACUGUUAUUCCACGUGGAGUCAUUCUUCUCCUGCGAAGCGUGCUGGAGAUGAAUGAUGACGUUUGGGCGUCUAAAUGCCUCCUUUUUUAUUAUUAAAUAAAAGUGAUCGAAUUGGGAGAUACUUGAAUGUAAUAUAUUUUGAAAUCAUAUUUGAACUUGUGAUAUUUCUUCCUGUGAGAAGGAAACAAAGUGGUUUUAAUUAAUCAAAAGUCGAGUAUCUGCUUAUGUUUUGUUCCUUAAUGGAUUAUUUCAUCACUGAUAUCUGUAUCUCAUAACUGCUGAACCAAGAGUGGGGGGGGGCCCUUAAAGAGCAGGGCUCUAAAUGAGUACUUUCACAGUGUAGUACUCUUACCGCUACUGGGUCGGAGUUCUUCUCCAGGGGAAGAUGUUCCAGAUGUGGCGCCGUGUCACAGCUGUGUGACAUUAUGACUGACUCCAUCUGUGACGUUGUACAGCUGGGUCCAUGAGCUCAGACACUGACAUCACCGGUCACAUGACCUCACUGAGUCCUGCAAAAACUCUUCUCUCUGCUCCUCCAAAUACAGCUUAUUGUAUCAACGUAUUGUUCUCGGUGAGGACUUUGACCUCGUGCUCAGUGUCCUUUAUCUUCUCCGGUGGUCAAAGUU